AUGGAGUCCUACGUGGUGAGCUGUAAAUAUGCUGAGCCGCAGUUCCCGCCAUGUGAAGAAGAUUACAGUAAUUUUAAUGAACAAGGGGGGUAUUACAACAACCCCGAGGACAGUGGCAGUUAUGGAGGGGGCUAUAUGUCCAUGCAGCCCCCUCCGCCUCCCUAUACACAACAACAAACCGGUUAUCAACACUCUUUGCAGGGGCAUCGCCGGCAAGAUGGAGAGGACCCCUCGCAGCAUCAAGGUGCAACCUACCCGGUCUACAGAGAGACGGACGGGCCCGUGAAGGAGAGGUUCCCCGUGGGUGACCUGCAGUGCCAGGCCUGGAUGACCUGCGCAAAGCCCGCUCAGGUGCAGAGGAAAACGGCCUGCCAGGGCAAAGACAAGCCGCCCAUUGUUGUCUACCCGUGGAUGAAGAAAGUGCACGUCGCUCAUGUUAAUCCAAAUCACGUGGGCCCGGAGCCAAAGAGGUUGCGGACGGCCUACACGCGACAGCAGGUCCUGGAGCUCGAGAAGGAGUUUCAUUUCAGCCGCUAUCUUACGCGCCGCCGCCGAGUCGAGGUGGCCCACGCGCUCUGCCUGUCCGAACGGCAGGUGAAGGUGUGGUUCCAGAACCGGCGCAUGCGCUGGAAGAAAGACAACAAGCUGCCCAACACCAAAGGAAAGAGCAAAAACAAGAAAGCGACCGACAACAACAACAACAGCAACAGCAGCAGCGACAGCGUGAAGACGGUGAUAACUGUCUGA